GGCAGUAGCUCUAGGCCAAUAAAGAUGGGUGUGCAAAUCUCGGAAGACGUUUUCGGCGAGUUCAUCAAAGACAACGGCGAACAGGUAAAAGUGAAACGUUUCACGUGGACAAAUGGAAAUGGUAUGACCGUUCAGGUCAUAACUUACGGUGCGACCAUAACAUCGCUUUCAUCACCCGACAAAAAUGGAAAAAUACAAGACUUGGUGACGGGUUUCAAUACUUUAGAAGAGUACGAAUCACCUGCUAACCGGUACUUUGGUGCCACCAUCGGGAGAUACGCCAAUCGUAUUGCUAAAGGAAGGUUCAAUUUGGAUGGUGCGGAAUAUUAUUUGGCUCAAAAUAAUAAUGGUAAUGCCUUGCAUGGAGGUAUUAAGGGUUUCGAUAAGGUUAUAUGGACACCUAAACUGCUUGGAAACAAGUUGGAAUUGAGUUACAAGAGUAAAGACAUGGAGGAAGGAUAUCCGGGUGAUUUGCAUGCGAUUGUAUGGUUUGAGCUAACCGAAAAUAAUGAGUUUAAAAUCGAAUAUAAGGCGACUAGUACUAAGAGUACUAUUGUGAAUAUGACCAAUCACAGUUACUUCAAUUUGGCGGGAAUUGAUUCAGGAGCAACAGGACUAUAUGAUCAUGAAGUUACAAUAAACGCUGAUAAAAUUACAGAAGUUGACCAACUAUCUAUUCCAACAGGUAAACUCCUGGAUGUUACGAACACAAGCUUCGACCUGAGAAAACCAACAAAACUUCAAAACGUAAUAAACAAAGUACCAAAUUCACCAGGUUUUGAUCACAAUUUCUGUGUGAAUCCUAACGCCAAGUUUGUGGCCAAAGUUUGGCAUCCAGCUUCGGGCAGACAAAUGGAGGUGACGAGCAGCAAACCUGGAGUUCAAUUUUACACAGCAAAUUUUUUGCCUGAAGAUGAUUCUUUAAGGGGAAAAGCCGGAUUUUAUAAAAAACAUGGUGCUUUUUGUUUGGAGACUCAGUUUUAUCCAGACUCCAUCAAUCACGCAAGUUUUCCUUCGCCAAUUUUGAAGCCAGGAGAAGUUUACAACCACACAACUACUUACAAAUUUACGGUGACAGAAUAGAAUCAGUAUUUUGUAGGUUUGGGGACAAUAAACAUUAAUUCCAAGGAAA